AUUGCUUCCUUUAACAAAUACAAGAGACUUGGAGCAGAAAGCUGCUCAGGGCGGAGAGAACAGCCUCACAUCCUUAUUUGGUGCUCGAGGAGGUCACAUGACCAUAAAAUGGUGGAUGCACUCGGCAGUGGAUGAGCUGAGCAUCCCUGACGCUGAGAGAAACAGCCACACAUCUAUGAUCUAAAACCCAGGGCAGGGAACAGAACGGUGCCUCAACCGUGGUGCAGCAGCCAAUGCAAGACUGCCAUUGCAACAUACUGAAGGAAAAGCUGCAAAAGUUCCGGAUUCACAGUUUUAAGUGCAUCUUCUGUGCUUGAGACUCAUUUAAACAGCUCUCUGUGUCUUUUUCCUUCUGGCAAUGUGGGGAUGGACCAGGCUUAUGAAAGCAAGAUGAGUUUUGAGGGGGCAGAGAGUAGACCAGCUCCACCCACCUCACUGCCCCUAGAGGGCCAAGGGGGUGUGUCCUCUCAGAGGAAAAAACUGUCCGCUCCCCGUAUUAGUCUUUCAUUGGACCAAAGUGAGGAUGACCUGUUUGACACACCAGAUGACCUUGACAUCAAUGUGGAUGAUCUGGACACACCUGAUGAAGCAGAUUAUACAGACCAUGAAAUAGACUGGGAAGAACCUCAAGCAUCCCAGCGAGAUUCUGUAAAAGAAACAGUUGAGCCCAUUCCCACAUACAGUGCUGAGGAGGAACGGCAGGAUUCCAAACUCUGGAGAACGGUCAUCAUUGGAGAGCAAGAGCACCGCAUCAACAUGAAGAGCAUUGAACCCUACCAAAAAGUGAUAUCCCAUGGAGGCUACUAUAGCAAUGGUGCAAAUGCCAUCAUUGUGUUUGCUGCGUGCUUCCUUCCUGACAGCGAUAGAGAGGACUAUCACGAGAUCAUGGAAAACCUCUUUCUGUAUGUUAUCAGUACACUGGAGCUCAUGGUAGCAGAAGAUUAUAUGAUUGUUUACUUAAAUGGAGCCACUCCACACCGGAGGAUGCCUGGCCUCAAUUGGCUCAAGAGAUGCUACCAGAUGAUUGACAGGAGGUUGAGAAAGAACUUAAAAUCUUUCAUCAUUGUUCAUCCGUCAUGGUUCAUUAGGACAAUUCUAGCCAUCACAAAACCUUUUAUCAGCUCAAAAUUCAGCAGUAAGAUAAAAUAUGUGAACAGCUUAGCUGAACUGGAGGAACUCAUCCCAAUGGAGUACGUCCACAUACCUGAAUGCAUCGUCAGAUUGGAUGAGGAGUUGCGGGAAGCUGCGGAAAGCUCUAGAAUCAACAGCUUUCUCCAAGGAAGUGAGAUUCCACAAGAACCUAUAGCUCAGCCCAAUGCAAGCAGUUCAUAGGAACCAUUGGAUGUGGGUACAAGAACAAAACUGUAUGUCUGUAAAGGAUGUUUUGAGUAUUUCAAAUUGUAAUGAUUGCACACUGGUGUGGAUGCAAUAAUUGCAGAAAAUAAGAGAAAUGUUAUUUUUGUGCUUUGGUGUCUCACAGUGCUGGGAUGAAUCGAGCAGAAUCACAUGUUCUUUAAACAAAUCACCUCUAAUACAAUAAUUCACAUAUUUGAAUUUGCACCACAGAACAGUAGCUUAAACCAGCUCAGUGCUUGAAAUAUUCUUUGUCUCUUAUUGUCUUGCGAAGGUUUCUCUUGUUACUUGAAUUUAUGCAUGAGAGGCAUUUUAGCAAUAAUAUCAUGUUGUACUUUUCCCCUUAAGGCUCAUGAAUUUUCAGUCAGGUACUUUUCUAAUUGGAGCAUGUAUAAAGGGCAAACCAGACAAAUAAUACUGUCACUUCAGCUGUUCAGUAUGAAUAUUAAUGCAUGCAAAGUAAUUCUAAACACAAAGACAAUGCAUAGCACCAUGUUAGCAUGAUUGCUAACUCUUUAACCUCUCAUGCUACCGAUAGCACACUCUAAGUUAUUUAUAACCUUUGUCAGAAACAAACUAAGUCAGGUUUACUUCACAUAGGUUCAAAAGAAGCAAGGACAAAUCAUUUGUAGCUCUUAAAUGUGAAGUGUGUUGGUAAAUGCUUUCACUUUUACUAUAAGCCCUUCGUAGACUGACUUCUUGAAAAAUUCAGUGUGUGGCUUUUUAAAAAAUGGUUUCAAAUUUGUUUAAUGUACACAUAUUGGUGGAUGUUGCCACAAAAGGUGGCUUAAAAGUGACAUUGGAUGUUUAUUUUACAUAAGUUGAUAUGAUUCUUUGAGGUCUUAAUGAAAAGUCUAUAAUUAUCUUUGGUUAAAGUUCUCAGUGUAAAUAAACAUGAUUUACUCACCAUUAAAUAAGUUUUUCAGUUUUAGUACACAGUGAGCCAUUUUGCUUUAUAUCUCUUUAAAUGCCCAUGAGCUGCUGCUUCCCAUCCCUUUCUGAGGAUGCAGGGUCACAGUUGUGUUUAGCCAACCAAUCCAUUCUGGAGAAGCUAAACUAAACAGACACAGCACUCGACCAAAACUCGAGCUUCUGCUGACUUUUGUCUGUAUUACUGACAUAAAAAAGUAUUAAAACAUAUUUUCAUAAUAUUAUGACAAAAUGUGAUAUAAAAUAUAAAAUGUAUUCAAACAAACAUCUGUAGCCUACAUAAUAAAACUGACACUUCUGUAUUUAACAAAUGCUCAGCUGCCGUUUCUGAGCUGGUUAGUGUGUAAAUCAACAACACCACACUGACAAACACAGCUGUGGACAUGAAGGAUGAUGAUCUGAUUCUAAACACAAGUGAACUGAAACUGGCAUAACCCAACAUAACAAACACAAAUGAUAUGCAGUGCUCAGCAUAUAU